CUGAGGGAUGCUGUCAACACAACACCAUCACAGCUGACAUUACAGCAUCACGGGGCGGAGAUUCAGAGGAUUUUGUGAAGUAUUUAUCGAUCUGUUUGAGCUUUGGCCAACACACGGCUGUCCUUCCCUAGAGAACAACUUUAAUCUCUCGAAAUGUGCUGAUAUAAACCAGGUUAGGGACUGAACUCUUAAAGCCCUGCUUUGAAGAUAAGAUCCGAUGAUUUGGUGAAAGAUGAUAAGAUCAGAUUAGCCUUCACUCGCUUGCCCUUACUCUGGAAACUUAUUUUUUGCUUGUUGUUCCACGCAACAGUUCAAAAGUGUUUCUCCAACGCGUCCUCCAAAAACUCAGACUGUUUUCCGAAGCAGACGAGGUUCAGCCAGCUCAUGCCGAAGUUAUGGGAAGCGUGAGAGCGCACCGCUACAGCAUAGUUUCAUCAGAAGAAGGCGGUAUGAAGUUGUCGCCCAUCGCCAUGCAAAAUGGCUUCGGCAAUGGAAACGCAGGCGGGAAAGUGCCCACGCAGAAUCAAACGCAAAGCCGCUUUGUAAACAAAGACGGCCGCUGCAACGUGCAGUUCAUCAACAUGAGCGAGAAAGGUCAGCGGUACCUGGCUGACAUCUUCACGACGUGUGUUGACAUUCGCUGGCGUUGGAUGAUGGUCAUCUUCUGCCUCUCUUUCUUGCUCUCCUGGCUUCUUUUCGGAGUCAUAUUUUGGCUAGUCGCACUUUGGUCGGGCGAUUCGGAAAAUCAAGAGCAGAUAUGCAUUUCAAACGUAGACAGUUUUACGGCUGCAUUCCUGUUUUCCGUGGAGACGCAAACGACUAUUGGUUACGGUUAUCGCUAUGUGACGGAGGAGUGUCCGUUUGCUGUCUUUGUGGUGGUCUUCCAGAGCAUUUUUGGAUGCAUCAUUGAUGCUUUUAUCAUUGGUGCGGUCAUGGCCAAGAUGGCCAAGCCCAAAAAAAGAAAUGAAACCCUCGUGUUUAGUUAUUACGCCACGAUAGCCAUGAGAGACGGCAAGCUGUGCCUGAUGUGGAGAGUCGGGAACCUACGAAAGAGUCACCUGGUGGAGGCUCACGUCCGAGCCCAGCUUCUCAAAUCUCGCACCACUGCUGAGGGAGAGUUUAUCCCACUGGAUCAAAUAGACAUUGAUGUUGGGUUUGACACUGGUAUUGACCGGAUAUUUUUAGUGUCCCCUAUUACCAUUGUCCAUGAGAUCGACGAGGACAGUCCAUUUUAUGACAUGAGCAAACAGGAACUGGAAAAUUCUGAGUUGGAAAUAGUUGUGAUUUUGGAGGGGAUGGUGGAGGCCACCGCCAUGACCACUCAAUGUCGCAGCUCGUACGUGACGAGCGAAAUCCUGUGGGGCCAUCGGUUCGAGACGGUACUUUUUGAAGAGAAAAACCUUUACAAGGUGGACUACUCGAGGUUUGAGAACACCUACGAGGUUCCCAGCACUCCACAAUGCAGCGCCAGAGACUUGGCCGAAAAGAAGCUCAUGAGGUCCAGUUCAAACUCUUUCUGUUAUGAGAAUGAAGUAGCCUUCAUGGAUAAAGAGGAUACGGAGGAUGACGAUGAAGACGAGAAACAGAGUAGCGUUACAAGGGACAGUGUGGCCAUGAAGGGAUCCAAUGUUGAUGUGGCCACAGUUUCUAGUCAGGAUACAUUACCUUUACAGCUCACACCUUUUAGACAGCAACCUGAAAUGUGACAGGCUGAUUUCAUAUUUGAAUGAAAGGAUGAUUUAUAUAUAUAAUGAUGAUAACGAUGAUGAAGAGUUUGGUCUACAGCAUUCACGAAAUUGAAAAAAGCUGGGACAAGGCUAUAGACCAAAACAUUGUCGUUGGUUUUGAGGAGAACCCCAACAAUACUGAAGCUGCACGUGAAGGUUGAGUUGCAAAAACUUAUCUGACAGUAUACAACAGGAGUAAUACACAUUUUAUAUACAGUAAUCUCUGUUCCAAAUCGAAAGUUGCUUUCUACUGCAUACUUUGGCAGGUGUAUAUUCUAAGAUAGCAUUCUUACUACAAUUGCCCCUAUAAAGUGAGCAAUUCAGUUUAGUUAAAGGGGACUUAUCAUGAAAAUCUGACUUUUCCAUGUUUAAGUGCUAUAAUUGGGUCCCCAGUGCUUCUAUCAAAGGCGCUCUAAGCGAAUUGACGCGUUUUAGACCAUAAAAUUUUUUUGUUACAUAUAGCAAACAUCUCCUCACUAUCUGCUUGCUGCCUGUCCGCUGAUCAAACUGUAAAAAAACGCGAUCUCUGUAGACAGCGCUCAGGCUCGACAAACGGCAAUAUCAACAUAGUGGCCAAACCUAGCACAACAAAACAUAACAAAGUGUUCCAGCCAAUAAACGACAAGAAGGAUUUGGGGGUGGGGGUUGGGCGCGUUCAUGAAAGCACGGACGGGAGAGGGAGGGGGAGGCGUUAGCUACGCUCCGUUUGUUUGAAAACAGUUCAAACAUCAACAGGAAGUGACGUCGCACAUUAUUCGCUUAGAGAGCCUUCAACCUAGACAAUGUGAAAAGAGCAAUCCAGUAACUUAGUUUAGGUAAAGGAUGUGAAAAAAAUAGGUCAUUAAAAUUUUGCUCCCCUGGUGAUGUCAGAAAAGGAUAAUACCCCCCUUAAUCUGCACUAUCCAACCACGGCACUGCCAUUUAGUGCAGAGAUCAACUCAUUUGCAUUUUAAAGGACACACCCAAAACUGGCACAUUUUUGCUCACACCUACAAAGUGGCAAUUUUCACAUGCUAUAAUAAAUUAUCUAUAUGAUAUUUUGAGCUAAAACUUCACAUACAUACUCUGGGGACACCAAAGAUUUAUUUUACAUUUUAAAAAAGUCUUGUGAAAUGUCCCCUUUAAGUUUGGUUUUUGGAGGCUGUAAUGACAAUGAGAUUGAACAGCAAAUGUUUUCUUGUCAUCUUAUAUCAACUAUGCUAUUAAAUUAAAUUAAAUU